AUGUCGCAGCUUGCUCACCCGGCCGAUGCUGGCCCGUCAAACCAACAUUAUGACGGGAGAGCUUUUACCACCGUACCACCAUCACCCAAAAGUGCGCUGCCAAUAACACCCUCAUCGACGAGGUUCCCACAGAAACCUGUUCCAAGCCCGUUGCAACGAAGUAUUGCUGCCUCUCCCCCGACGAGUCCCGGCCCAACGCAAUCCGACUUCCCGCCGACGUUUUACAACCCUUUCGCAGCGGCCGCGAUUCCACGGAUAGUAACCACGACUGCUCCCGAUCACCCCUCGCCGACUGCCUUCUUCGAUAGCGAAUCUUCGGGCAGAGAUACUCCAGAGGAAACAAGGCCAGGACCAGAAUCGUCGUUCAGCCCGAAAUCCUCGAAUGUUCGCAAUAACUCGAUCACGGGACUGAUUCAGCAGCCUUCCCCAGGCUCCUCUUCCGGCCAAGCUUCUGCCAUGGCAGGUCCAUCGGCAGUGCGGGCUGACCUUGUCAGGAGUACCCCGCGAAACUCCUCCAUGGACUCAGCGAUAUCAGCAAUAUCAUCGAGCUCGAAUACAACCACAAAAGCGUCCCAAGAAAACAACACGGGGACGACAGAGAUUGCCAACUUAAUCAAGACCGCCGGAAGUCCAGAGGCAGUCAUCCAAUACUUGCUGAAAGAGAAGCAAUCCCAAUCGCAGCAGAACGCGCAACUGUGGCGACUAGUUGACAAGCAGAGAGCUAUGAUCUUGGGCCUUAAUAAGGAUCUCGAACGGGCUUUGAAAGACAAGGAAAAAUACAGGAAGAAACUAAAAGAGCUCCUGAGCGAUCCAGACGGACCGUCAGUACCGGCGGUAGCAAAUGCCAAAGCUCAAGAACUAAACAGGACCUCAACCGCCUCCGACUUCUCAACCCAGGAGCAGGUGCUGGAAGUCCCAGAUUCGCCUGGCCAAGGCUCAACCAACUUGAGGCAAUCAUCCGUUGAUAUGUCAGUGGCGCCUUACCCUGUGACUCCUCCUGCUGGCCAACUACCUUCUCACGGUUCCCCGUCCGCCGUGGGUGAGAUGCUGGACCCUUCUCAUACGAUGCCAAGACCGAGCGAACACGCGGUAGAUCAUUACGAUCAUGACGCGUUAGAAUGGGAACGCGAGAAGGCCAGAAGGCAAGCGGGCGAGGCCGAGGAACAAGCUGCCGGGCUUCAUAUCAACCCGAACCUACCACCGUCAAGAAGUUUGCCGAGCAAGCCUCCCCGGAUGCCGCUACCUGCGACGCCUACAGAGCCGCCCUUGUCCAAGCGUAUCGAGCUUCCUGUACAGGGCCAACUACCCCCUCCAACAUCACCACCUUUGCGUAAACCACCACCCGCGCCUCUUCAGCUUAAGGAUAGUGCCCUACACAGCAAAAGGGUACCACAACCCGAGGCAGACAGCGAAUCUGAGUAUGAAGACGACCCCAAGGCCGAUCAACAUAGUCUCGAAGAACGAAGAGGCCGUCGAAGAACACGAGAGGAGGAUGAACGCGAUCGUGAAAUUAUGGCCAGGAAAGAAGCAGAAUUACGAAGCCUCUCGAAAAAGAGCAAAAAAAGUGCCAGUAGGGCCGCAAACGAAGAAGUGCCGCCGCCGCCUCCGGCCGAAAUGCCAUCCAACCCCCGAUUUCUCGAGGUGAAGAUGAGUCCCCCUCCUCAGGAGACUGUCUCGUCACUCGUCGGGGUUCUCAAUGGAUCCAAUCAGCGGGAUGCAUCCUAUGCAAUGCCGCUUUUGAGCCCUGGCCUUCCCUCUAGCCCACGCCCGAUGCCGAUGGGAGUUAGCUCACCAUCACUCUCGCCUAGGGGCAUGAACUUUAUGGGAGCACCGUUGUCUCCACGACCACCGCGAGCGCCAAUUCCUCUGCCUCCAAACACGCCUCUGCACAUCUCUGCUCCGCCGGCGAUGCCACUACCUUCUCCUCGACCCAUGCAUAUGGUCAAGGAAACAGACAGCAUGUCUUCCACCUCCAGCCCCACCAAAAGCACUUACGAGAGCCCGACAGAAAGGACUAGGAUAUAUAGGGGCUUCAUGACGGAGGAAUACCCUGACCUUUUGCUUCCACCAAACGCUCUUCCAUCCAUCGAUAUCAAAGUUGCGUCUUCUCGCAUGAAGCCCUCCAGGGCUAGCUUAUUAUCCAUGACACAGCUCGAAGAAGACCCGGUUUUUACCCUGGCUGUGUUCUCUAGAGCCGACGGUGGUGAGCUAUGGAGGGUCGAAAAGGACUCUGCUUCCUUGGCAAAGCUCGACUCGAGGCUUAAGCUGUGUCCCACGUUCACUGCGAAAACUCCGGACAGGUCUUUGUUUAGUGGACAUGCUCCUGCAAAGCUGGACGCCCGUCGGAUUGCUCUUGAUCAGUACCUGGAAGAGCUGUUAAAUACUCCUCUCGAUCACUCUACGGCGCUGGAACUGUGCAAGUAUCUGUCCACGCAUACUCUACCGCCAAAUGCCGACGAGACUGGAUCUUCGACUGGCUAUGAAAAUCCAGAAGCAGUACUAACAGGCCCUGGCGGAAGACCUUUCCGCAAGGGUUAUCUCACGAAGCGCGGCAAGAACUUUGGCGGCUGGAAGGCCAGGUACUUCAUCCUAGAUAGCCCCCAUCUCAAGUAUUACGAGACACCAGGUGGCGCCCAUCUGGGGACUAUCAAGCUACAGAAGGCACAAAUUAUGACGCAGGUUGGCAAACAAGGUCAUCAUGGCGCUGAAGAUCCUCCUGCCCGUGGACCUGGGAUGGAAAACCCCGACAAUCAGUACCGCCAUGCUUUCGUGAUCAAAGAACCCAAGAAGAAAGACCCAACUAGCGUCACUACACAUGUGUUGUGUGCCGAGAGUGACAGGGAAAGGGAUGAGUGGGUAUCAGCAUUGUUGCGCUGGAUCGACUACACCGAUGAUGAAAAGGAUGAACGCUCGAAAAAAAACCAAACCCACGACAGGCAUGAUUCUAAUACCUCGGAACGGGCCAAUGGCGGUCAUAAUAAGAAGAAGCAACAUGCUGAGGCUCUGGGCAGGAGUUACGAUACCACAAAGCAACGUGACUUGCCACAAGGCGUCUCAUCAUAUCAGCCGGCUGCUGCUCAGGGACACGCCGCGCCAUCUCAAGCUGGCUUUACAAUUUCAGCACCUCGCGAUCCCCAGGUCAUUUCGAAUUCCGAGGCUUGGGGCACCAAGCUAGGCAUCGUUCCCGCCGCGCCACCCUCAGUACCGCCCGUUGUGGAAAAGGCCCCGAGACCGCGGAGAAGUAUCUUUGGUUGGGGCGAUAGCAAAGAGAAGGCCGGAAAGUCUGUCGAUUCACACCAUACGCUUUCCGGUGAAAAUGGCCAUGCGGGUGCCGGCAUCAACAGCCACGGUCCGGUCAGACCUGUGUUUGGUGCGCCCUUGGCUGAAGCAGUUAGGUACAAUGCACCAGCCGACGUUAGGGUCCCGUUGCCGGCUGUUGUCUAUCGCUGUAUUCAGUACUUGGAUGCGAAGGAUGCCAUCAACGAAGAGGGUAUCUUUAGGUUGAGCGGUUCCAACGUUGUCAUCAAGCAGCUGAAAGAACGGUUCAACAACGAGGGCGACAUCAACCUGGUUGACGAUGGGCAGUAUCACGAUAUCCAUGCUGUUGCAUCCUUGCUCAAGGCUUAUCUACGCGAAUUGCCCACGACCAUACUGACACGGGAUCUUCAUCCCGAGUUCCAGUCCGUUACUGAAAAGCUCCCAGAUCAAGCCCAGAGGAUCGCAGCUCUUUCGGUGCUCGUAGAACGACUCCCACAAGCCAAUGGUACCCUUCUCAGGUACCUGAUUGCUUUCCUGGUCAAGAUCAUCAAUCAUGCAGACUCGAACAAAAUGACCGUACGCAACGUUGCCAUUGUGUUCUCGCCUACACUCAACAUUCCAGCUCCUGUUUUCGCACUUUUCCUCCAGAAUUACGAAGCGAUUUUUGGCAUUGACCCCGGCGAAUAUGAGCUUCCCACAACGGACUCUGAUAGCGUCCACGGCAGCACUCACGAACGCACUGGAUCGCAUCCAUCGGACACUCGAUCGUCAACUCAUAGUGGCUCGCCAUAUGGGCAACGGCCUAUGAAGCCUGUGAUUGAGGGCCAAGUGAGCCGCAACACACCAACGCCACCACUUUCUAUGAGCAUGCAACAUAUGGCUCAGAUGAACGCUGCGCAAAUGCACUCGCGAAGUACUCCCACACCUCCUCUUCAAAGGCCCGCCUAUGAUGACAUUGCGUUAUACUCUGCGCAAUCAGGAUUGAGGCCUAGUACAGGUUUCGAAAGAUCUCACGACUUCCAUCCGUCUGCCCCCUCGUAUGAGCAGUAUUCGAUGAAGGACCGACGCAAGAGCAGCAUGCCCAACCUUCACCCUUCGGGAAUAAGAGGCCAUAUGAGGGACGAUAAUCGGUUCUAA